UGAACACACAGAUCCUGCUCCAGAGGGGUCCAGACAUGACCCCUCGUCCUUUUGCUUGGGGCCCCAUCCUGCUGGUGCUGAGUUCCUGGGGAGGGUCACUCACCCUGCUCCUUGGUGGUGCUGGGAGAGAUGGUGUGGGAAGGGCAAAAAAAGAGGGACAAUCCAGUGGUGGAGGAAACCAGCAGGAUUUUGCACAUAAGGAACGGGGAGAGGCCGUGGGGUGCUCGGGGGGACAACCAGCCCUGUCCCUGCCGCCCUCGCUGCCCUUCUGCUGGGAUUUGCCUCCUCCCACCAUCCAGGCUCCGCUCUCUCCCAAAGCUGCUCCUUCCUCUCCCAGAAAGGACAGUUAAAUGCCACCCAAAGGGCGGCUGAGACCUCCUAAAGCUCCUGUCAAACAGCAGCGAGGCCGCUCAGGAGCUGAUCCAGCUGAUGGAACCAACGUGUCGCUCUUCCCUCUGGCUCGGCCGCUCUGUUUGCCUUUCCCUGCCUCCCCCCUCUCCUCUAAUCCAGGCUGGAACUGCUCCCAGGGCUCAGCCUGGGGCCCUCCUGACCCCGCUCUCGCCGUCCCCCCAGCUGGGAGCCCUGGCUGUGACUCUGGGGGUGCUGCUGGCCCUGCUGGGCUGCGCCGCCGCCCCGGAUCCCGCCCUGGAGGAGGCCUGGGAAGAGUGGAAGAGUCUCCAUGCCAAGGAGUAUCCAGGGGAGGAUGAGACCUUCCGCAGGGAGAUCUGGGAGAAGAACCUGCGCCACAUCCAGCAGCACAACUGGGAGGAGGCGCAGGGGAAGCACAGCUACCGCCUGGCCAUGAACCACUUCGGGGACCUGGUACCUGCUGACACCUUCCCUGGGGACCCCUCGGAGCACCCAGGGCUGGAUCGGGGGAUAAGAGACCUCUUGGGCCACCCAGGGUUGGAUCCGGGGAUUAGGGAUCCCUCAGUGCACCCAGGGCUUGAUCUGGGGAUUGGGGACUCAUUGGAGCACCCAGGGCUGGAUGUUGGGAUCAGAGACCCCCUGGUGUACCCAGGCCUUGAUCCAGGGACUGGGUACCCCCACCCUGUUCCACGGGGAGCUGCAGGUGCCCCUGGGGCCAGGCUGCUUCCCGGGGGUCAGUGGCUGGUGGGGCUCUGUGGUGCUGCCAGCAGGGCACCCUUGGCAUCCCACGGGUUUUCCUUUGGUGACCUGCAGACAAACGAGGAGUUUAAGCGGCUCCUGAACGGCUUCAUCCCGGCGCAGCAGGAGGAGCUGGGGCGGGUCUUCCGAGCCUCAGAGACCCUGAAGACCCCAGUGAGAGUGGACUGGCGGGCCAAGGGCUACGUGACACCCGUGAAGAACCAGGUGGGCACAGGGUGGGGGGUCUGGCCAAGGCUGUGGGAGUCUGGGCAGCAGAAUCGAGCAGCAGCAUCCUCCCAAUCCCCCCAAAUCUUCUGGGCGACCCCGAGGAGCAGCUCCCGUAGUUUUGGCCAUGGUGACUUUGUAGCUGAGACCAGCACUGGGGAAGCCACAGCGUCCCUGCCUGGGGGGUUUUGGGGCAGUGCCAUGACUCCCCCGUUGCGGUUCCCACCUCACCCAGGGGUUCUGCGGGUCCUGCUGGGCGUUCAGUGCCACGGGGGCCUUGGAGGGGCUGAUGUUCAAGCGGACGGGGAAGCUGGUGGUGCUGAGCGAGCAGAACCUCAUCGACUGCACCCGAAAGCUGGGCAACCGCGGCUGCUGCGGUGGCCACAUGGAAUGGGCCUUCCAGUACGUGCGAGACAACGGCGGCCUCAACUCGGAGCGUGUCUACCCCUACGUGGGCACGGACAACUCCCGCUGCCGAUACAACCCCCGGGACAAGGCGGCCAACUGCUCCGGCUUCGUGAGGGUGGCACAGGGCAGCGAGGAGGCCCUGGUGCAGGCGGUGGCCACCGUGGGCCCGGUGUCGGUGUCGGUGGAUGCCAGCUCCUUUCGCUUCUACAAGUCGGGCAUCUUCGGCUGCGGCUCUGGCAGCUGGAGAACGAACCAUGCCAUGCUGGCCGUGGGCUACGGCACAACCCGGAUGGGUGGGCACAACCUCAGCUACUGGAUCCUAAAGAACAGCUGGACAGAGAGGUGGGGAGAGCAGGGCUACAUGUUCCUGCUGAAGGACGCCGGCAACCAGUGUGGGGUGGCCAACCAGGCCAGUUACCCCCUGCCCUGAGCCAGGACAGCCCCACACACACCCCAGCUGAGCUUCCAUGGCUGUUUCCUUCUGGAAAUGGGGCUUUUCUUCGUGUGCAGCAAGAAGCAAUUAAAAGUGGCAUGGUUAAUUGUCCUUGUCAUGGAAUCCAUAUGGAAUGGUUUGGGUUGGAAGGGACCAUAACGCUCAUCUUGUACCCAUGGCCCCCUUGUCCCCUGUUCCCACAGCCCCCUGUCCCACUGUCCCCCUUGCCCCCUGUUCCCACAGCCCCCUGUCCCUGUGGUCCCCUGUCUCUGUAGUCCCCUGACGCCACAGCCCCUUGUCGCGGUGUUCUCCUGUCCGUCCCUACAGCCCUCUGUCCCUUUGUCCCCUGUCCCCGUGUCCCCGAAGGUUUCCC